CCGAGAGUACCACGACGUUUUCCCAUCGUCGUUCUCGUACGCCGGCAUCCCACCAAUGCGUGACGUCGAGCACUCCAUUCAGCUUGUGACUGACUAUCAUGUUCACCACCAGACACCCUAUAGACUCUCGAUUCCCGAGGCCACCGAACUCAAGCGUCAGCUUGAGGAACUCUUGAGACUGGGUUUCAUUAAACCCAGCAACUCCCCGUGGGGUGCACCCGUCCUCUUUGCUCGCAAAGCGGAUGAAACUCUCCGUCUCUGCAUCGACUAUCGCGGUCUCAACCGCUACACGGUUAAGAACAGCUACCCCAUGCCUCGUUCCGAUGAGCUGUUCGACCGCCUAGCAGGCAACCGCUUCUUUACGAAAAUUGAUCUUCGUAGCGGUUACCAUCUGAUCCGCAUCCCUGCAGCCGUCCAGCCGAAGACAGCGUUCCGAUCGCGCUUCGGCCACUACGAGUUUACGGUGAUGCCAUUCGGCCUCACCAAUGCACCCGCCACCUUCCAGAGGGCGAUGAACGACAUCUUCAGGGACAUCCUGGAACAGUACGUUCUCGUCUACCUCGACGAUAUCUUGGUCUACAGUCGUACCCUUGAGGAGCACCUCAGACACCUCCGCGACGUCCUUGACCGCUUGCGCAGACAUGGCUUCUACGCCAAGCUGAGCAAGUGCCGCUUUGCCCAACAAAAAGUGGAUUUCUUACGACACUACGUGUCUGACCAGGGUCUCCACAUGGACGACGCGAAGAUCACUGCUAUUGCGAAGUGGCCCGCCCCCACAUCCGCCAAGCAGCUUCGCAGCUUCCUAGGCCUGACCAGCUACUAUAGUAAUUUCAUCCGGGGAUACGCUAGGUAUUCCUACGCCUUCCACGCCCUCAAGAAGGCGGUGACAUGCGCACCGGUUCUUCACCUACCCGAUUUUGACCGCCCGUUUAUCCUUACCACCGAUGCGUCAGACUUUGCUAUAGGAGCAGUGCUUUCUCAGGUCUUCCCCUCUUCUCCUGAUUCCUCUCAUCCUCGUAUCCCUCGCUUCCCACCACUUACCCCUACCACUGCUUCUCGACUGACGCCUACUCGUCCAGCUACUGACGAGCCUCCAAUUGACUAUUCUCCUACCAUCGCCGAGGAUGGCACUGUCGAGUCUCGCUCCGGUGAUUGUCUGAUAGCCUUCUACUCCCGUCAGCUCCUGCCCGCCGAGAUAAACUACACCGCUGAUGAACGUGAGGAUCGCUGGUGGCGCGACCUAUCCGAGUUUAGUUUCACCACUGAGCACAUCAAGGGUGAGACUAAUCGGGUCGCAGAUGCCUUAUCCCGGCGCCCUGACCACGACCAGGAGCAGAUCCAGCUCUCUUCCAUCUCGGUCACCMCCGUCCMCCACUCGGUGAUCGACGAGUUUCVCACUCAGUACCGCCACUGCCCCGACUAUCGCAACAUCCAUGCGACCCUUCGGAGUGGCAAGACCGUCCYGAACUACUCUCUCGGGGACAACGGUCUCAUGUACUGGCACGGUUCACAGGGCACCAGAGAGCCCCGUAUUUGCGUUCCCUCCACUGGACAGCUAUGUGUCCGAGCAGUAGCAGAGUUCCAUGACCAGGCAGUCGUCGGUCAUAUGGGCUUCCACAAGACAUUGGCUCGUGUGAGCCGCCUGUACGUCUGGCCGAAGCGCAAGGACUUUGUGAAGGACUAUGUCGCAGAGUGUCCCACCUGUCAGGAGGUGAACAGUGCGAACCACCUGCCUUAUGGUUUGCUCCAGCCUCUUCCUAUCCCUGAGGGUCGUUGGCAGUCCAUCUCAAUGGACUUUAUCGGUCCCCUUCGUCCUCCGACCCCUCGCGGUCAUGAUGCUAUCCUGGUCGUCGUCGACCGCUUCACGAAGCGUGCACGCUUUGUUCCGUGCCGCUAUGCCAUCAGUGCACGUGAGGUCGCCGACAUCGUGUUUGAUCGAGUCGUGCGUGACCACGGCUUACCUCUGAGCAUCAUAUCUGACCGUGACCCGCGCUUUACCAGCCGAUUCUGGCGACGGCUCCACGAGGUGUACGGCACUCAGCUCCGCUUCUCCUCGUCUUACCAUCCUCAGACUGAUGGUCAGACUGAGAUCACGAACAGGACUCUUGGAGAUAUUCUCCGAAAGAUUGUUCGUGACGACCAGCAGUGGGAUCUCCAUCUUGCGCACGCGGAGAUAGCCUACAACCACGUCGUCUCGCCAGCCACGGGGAUGUCGCCUUACUAUUUCGACCUCGGCUAUCACCCUCGUGUUCCCGCGGACUUUCUUCAACCGUUACACAUGCACCCCGACACGAGUUAUCCCGCGCUGGAUGAUUGGGUUGCACACAUGACGUCGAUCAUGAAGACCGCACAUAAGCACAUAGCCGCUUCCCAGACUCGCAUGGCGGCACGUGCGAACCGAUCGAGGAUGGACCAUCCAUUCAAAGUCGGUGAUGAUGUGCUUAUCAACGCCCGCCACUUACAGCUCGAAGCGGACACGCUUCGCAAGUUUCGGCGUCGCUUCUUUGGCCCAUGCCGCAUCCUCGAGGGCGUCGGUUCUGAUACUGCAUCUAGCCCGGUCAGCUUUCGUGUGAAGCUGCCCGACUACCUACGUCAGGCUCGUGUGCAUGAUGUCUACCACGUGUCGUUACUGCGUCCUUACUGCAGACCGUCUGAGCGUUUCGCUGGACGACCAUACGAGCGCCCUCCACCCCUCAUGGUGGACGGCCAUGAGGAGUUCCUCGUUUCAGACAUCAUUGGUCGCCGAGUCACCGACGACAACCCUCCCCACGUUGAGUAUCUCGUACGUUGGAAGGGUUACCCUGAUGAGGAGGCUACCUGGGAGCCCCUCGAGCACUUGCAGCACGCUCGCAUGUUGGUGCGUGCCUAUGAMCGUGCUCGUCGUGUUGGGUUCACUGCUCCUCCUCAGCCCACUGACCCUCCUCCUUCUCCUCCGGCUGAGGAGACCGCUGAAGUCGAGCCUGCUCCAUCUGAGGCAGACCUUCAGCAGCAGCCGGAUGCUUCUGAGCGUCCACACCUCACUCGUCGUCGUCCUGCUCGAUACGACGAUUGACUCUGACUUACCUUCCCACGUCUUUGACUUCUCAGUGCUCCAUCCACAUCA